GGCGCGCUGCGGCAGCACUCCGCUGGGCCCGGGACGCGCCGGCGGCGACGAGACGCCGGCCCGCGGCGCCGCCCGCUCUCCCCGUCCGCAGAAUCUGGCUGCCUCGCGUCGCCCGAACAAGCCGCCGCCGCCACCGCCACCGCCAUGGGCUCCUGAGGCCAGCUUGUCGGUUAUUCCAAGGGUUUCUCUCAGGGAGCCACCUGCUGCCCGGCACCAUGACGGUGAGGGGGGCCGCACUGGCCCCGGAUCCAGUGUCGCCCACGACUGCAGCAGCCUCACCCAGCGCCGCUGUGACCCCUGAGGGCAGCCCCACUGCCAUGGAGCAGCCUGUGUUCCUGAUGACAACUGCCGCGCAGGCCAUCUCUGGUUUCUUUGUUUGGACGGCCCUUCUUAUCACCUGCCACCAGAUCUACAUGCACCUGCGCUGCUACAGCUGCCCCAACGAGCAGCGCUACAUCGUCCGCAUCCUCUUCAUCGUGCCCAUCUACGCCUUCGACUCGUGGCUCAGCCUCCUCUUCUUCACCAAUGACCAGUACUACGUGUACUUUGGCACCGUGCGUGACUGCUACGAGGCCUUGGUCAUCUAUAAUUUCCUGAGCCUGUGUUAUGAAUACCUCGGGGGAGAAAGUUCCAUCAUGUCCGAGAUCAGAGGAAAGCCCAUAGAGUCCAGCUGUGUGUAUGGCACGUGCUGCCUCUGGGGAAAGACUUACUCCAUUGGGUUCCUGCGGUUCUGCAAGCAGGCCACCCUGCAGUUCUGUGUGGUGAAACCACUCAUGGCUGUCAGCACUGUGGUCCUACAGGCCUUCGGCAAGUACCGGGAUGGUGACUUUGAUGUCACCAGCGGCUACCUCUACGUGACCAUCAUCUAUAACAUCUCCGUCAGCCUGGCCCUCUACGCCCUCUUCCUCUUCUACUUCGCCACCCGGGAGCUGCUCAGCCCCUACAGCCCCGUCCUCAAGUUCUUCAUGGUCAAGUCCGUCAUCUUCCUCUCCUUCUGGCAGGGCAUGCUCCUGGCCAUCCUGGAGAAGUGCGGGGCCAUCCCCAAGAUCCACUCAGCCCGCGUGUCGGUGGGUGAGGGCACCGUGGCUGCUGGCUACCAGGACUUCAUCAUCUGCAUCGAGAUGUUCUUUGCGGCCCUGGCCCUGAGGCACGCCUUCACCUAUAGGGUCUAUGCUGACAAGAGACUGGAUGCGCAAGUGCCAACAUAUGGCCCUUACGGCCGCUGUGCCCCCAUGAAGAGCAUCUCCAGCAGCCUCAAGGAAACCAUGAACCCACAUGACAUCGUGCAGGACGCCAUCCACAACUUCUCGCCUGCCUACCAGCAGUACACGCAGCAGGCCACCCUGGAGCCUGGGCCCGCCUGGCGUGGCAGCUCCCACAGCCUCUCACGCUCCCACAGCCUGAGUGGCACCCGAGACAACGAGAAGACUCUCCUGCUCAGCUCUGAUGAUGAGUUCUAGAUGUGGUGGCUGGUGGGAAAGAUUGGCACCUGGGCCCAAGGCAGGAUGUGUGCCCAACUCCAGUCCCAUGGUCAGGCCAGGAGGCAGCCUGGCACAGCUUUGGCAUUGCCAUUUAAUUUAUUGGACCAGAAAUACUCACAUAUCACUUCCAGAGGAACACACAGGUACCGCCUGCCCAGGAGACAGGCCGGGCCCCUUCACGAGCCUUCAGGAAUACUUACCCACGGCCAAGCCUGCACUGCCAGGCAAGGGGCAGAGGACACUGGGAGCGACUUCCCGGGCCCUGCGGCAUGUCCUGUGGUGGUGGCAUGUUGGGACCAGCCAUGCUCAGGCCCAGACACUUGUGUUGUAGACCAGGGUGCAGACUUCUCAGCCCUGCCCCAGGCAUUGCCCUGAGACUUAGCGCCCCAUGCCUAACACCGUGCAAUACUCUGACCCAGGCUCCUCCCUGCCUGCUCCUUCCUGUCUACCCUUGUUUGAUACUAGACUAGCCUCACCCCUGGCAGGAGGGAGGAGGGAACUCAGACGCUCUCUGUGGACCAUUUUUGACCCUGGCCGGCAGGCCGGAUCAGAGCCCACAUGCAAGCCCCAGGCCCCGCCCAGGAAGGUUGCUCCGGGGCCUCCGGGCCCCUCCUGUGUUGUUACAGGCUGUCCACGUGGGGGGUCUGUGGGCUCCUGGGUGUCCUCCGUGGCUGCAUCUUCUGCCUGCCUCAUGCCCCUUCCUCCUGGCCUGCCGAGGACACCCAGCAGCCCACGCUGCCACUUGGGGUCUCUCUUGGGAGCAUUUUGGGCGGAGCCCUGGCUGCUCUGACAGGCUCGCAACCCUCCUUCCCAAGACGAGCAAUCAGAACCUCUGCUGGGCCCUGGUCUCUCCCUGAGGCUUCUCCCUCCCGUUUCAGGGAAGGGUCUGAGUCUCCCCCUUUCAGACUAGUUUCUGGACAAACUCAGUCCUGCAGGUGGGAGGGCUGAGGGCUGGGGCAGCAGCAGGGAGCUGAGAACUGGGAGGAGUGGUCCGGUCCCCUCUCCCUGGCCCCACUCAGGGCCUGGCACCCUGCCUCGUCUGGCCCUAGCCCAUCUUUUCUGUGCCUUAGUCACAUAUGAAAGCUCCCCCCGCCUAGGCCCUAAGUCUAUUCCCAGGCCUUCCCUGGGGGCCCCCUAUUAAGCUGCUGGCACCCAGAGGAUCCUGCAGUGCUGGGCUGAGUGCCCUUGGACAGGCCUCAGAGGUGGCCAGGACUUCCAGUCUCCCCCCAGCCUUGCCCACCCCCACACCCAUAUACCUGGAGCCUCCCAAGGCCAGAGCCCCCAGGCAGGCCAGGCUGACACAGGCCACUAUCUUAGGAAGAGACUGAACAGACAUGAUGCAUGUUCAUAUAGGCCAAGCUUUCUGUUGCUUCAAACCCAAAUAGCAUUGGUUUGGGCUCUAGUAGCCUGGGGACGGGUAGGGUGAGAGAGAAGGGGCCUGCCCUGUGGAUCCCAGCUUCACGGAAUCUCUUCCCUUUGGCCCCUCCUGGAAUGAACUGUGCUGAGGGUCAGGUGGGGGCUUCCAUCCCACUAGUCUUCCCAGGCCUCCUUCGGCCCUUGUGACCAAGCCAGCCCCCCAGGGUCACAGAGCCCUCGGGUGGGGUCACAGGCCAGCUCUCAGGCUCCUGUGCGGUGGGCCUGGCCAGCUGGUACCAAGCUGCCUGGGAAGGCAGCCUGUGUGUGCGGGCUGUCCGAGGAGAACUUCUGUGCCCACUCUCACCAUUUGCUUUCAUGAAUCUGUUUCUGAUUCUCCUUCCAGGCCAAAGUGUGCUGCUGACUCCCUGCCCCCGUGGUCUUUGCCUGCCCUGGCACUUGCCUGCUAGCAUGGGGGGUGGGGGGGCACUAGCAGCCCCUGGGGAGAUAGGGGCUGGGAAUGCCUGCCCAACCACUCCCCCGCUCCUUCCUAGGAUGUGUAACCUACCUUGUUUCUUUGUUUUGUUUUGUUUUUUUUCCCAGUAGAGUAGCUCUUUGUACAUAAAAAAUACUUGAAAAAUUAAUUGUAUGAUGUAUAAGAAGACAGAGUCCCCUAGUUUUGUAUCUCGUGUAUGACUGCCAAGAGUUCCACCAGAAAGCCGCUCUAUUUUGGUCUCUGUAACAUUUUAAAUGCGUGACAGAAGUGAGCAAAUAAAGUGAGAAAGAAAUAUAUCUAAGAUAA